GAUUUAACCUGCCAGUCAAAGCCCUCUGACCAUUAACAACCCAACUGAAUCAUCGGCUCAUUAUCAGGAGGUUCAACUUUGUCCUAGAACAGAGAACACAUUCAGGAACAUAGCUGUGUGGAGGACGGCAUCACACUGACAUACUCAGUUUUUCUCUCUGGAUUUUAACCAUUUUCCUCUGUUUGCUUGUUUUUCUGUUGAUGAUUCUAGUGCUUGGAACAUGGCACUACUCUCAGACAAGGCUUAUUCUGGGAUUGAACUCCUAGACCUGCUCCUCGAGCCACAGAAGGUCCCUCAUAUGGAGAGCAAUGGUGACCAUGGCAACCCCGUGUGGUCAAUCACAGAUCAAAGCAUUCUGUGUCAUGGUGAAGGUGUUGUUGAUAACUUCCUGGACUCCCUGUUGCAAGCGUCAGAUGGCGUGUCACAGCCCUGCUCCCCUCUCUGGGUCCCCUCACCCUCUGACAGUGGAAUCAGUGACGACACCCCCUCUGACCACCUGGACAGCCCGCCGCUGCCCACCAGUCCGCUUUUUGACACUGUCUUCCUCCCUCAGCAUCCUCAUCUUCUUCCUCAGCAUCUUCAGCAGCGAGACGCACUGGUCUUAAACACAGAGCCUGAUAUCUCUAUUGAUCUGGCAGAUUGGGAGGCCUGUCUGUUCUCUGAAGGUCUGACAGACUCUCAGGGCACAUCAGCAGAGCCGAGAACUCAACCAGCCACCGUUUACCAGCUCACCGUAAAAGACCUGCUGCUCUCCAACAUCGGAGAAGCUUCGAAACCCUCCACCCAGCAAUCCCAGCAAGAACUGAUUCUCAAUGAAGAUGAGAAGAAACUUUUAGCCAAGGAAGGUGUCAGUCUCCCCAGCCAGCUGCCACUUAACAAGUACGAAGAAAAGAUUUUGAAGAAGAUUCGGAGGAAAAUCCGCAACAAGCAGUCAGCACAGGAGAGCCGCAAGAAAAAGAAGGAAUAUACAGAUGGACUGGAGGGCAGGAUGGCUGCCUGCAGUGCUCAGAAUCUGGAAUUACAGAGGAAAGUCUUCCAGCUGGAGAAAACCAACACGUCUCUGAUGGAGCAGUUACGCCGGCUGCAGUCUCUGGUGAUGAACGGCUCCUGUAAACCGGCUCAGACGGGAACCUGCAUCCUGGUACUGGUCCUCUCUUUCUCUCUCAUUCUCAUCCCGAGCCUCCAGCCCAUCUCACACAGGAGGGCCGCUGACCCCGGAGACUUCAGCACUGUGAAAGUUCAGUCCAGGUCACUGCGCUCGGUGAUGGAGGUGUACAGCAUCCAGCCUGGCUACUCAGUCAACAGGGAUGUGGACGUGUCGUCUUCCCCUCACAGCAAGCUUCGGCUCAGGCCCGAGUACGCCGACAUGGACCCUCUACAUCACAACCACAGCUACAGAGAUGGCGAGCAUCAUCACAGAGAUCCCAUCACGGGCCACGCCGCCACACUGAGGUGGAUAACGCAUCAUGAGAAAGACAGGAAGUGAUGUCAUGGAUUGGCGAGCAUUGUAUCAGAUGUUUGACCAAGGCAUCGCCACAAAUUCCGGCUACAGACAGGAAGUUACUGUCUAACUGACAUGCAAAGCAGCCAACUGCUGUUUGUUUUGCUUGUGCGUGGCAUUUAGGUGCAUGUUUAUCUGAAUAGAUUACACUGCAAUAACAGACCGGAACUGUAAAAAUAUAAAGUGUUUCAAAGAUGUACAUAUUUUAUAGAUGCUUUAGUUUACUUGUAAAUAAUGCACCUUAAACAAACUGUAUUGUAAGAUUUCAUGCAAAUACAGUAAUCUUUCAUUGCAUGAACAUUUGUUAACAUAAAUUGUUACAAAGAUUUGAUGCAAGUACUAUGGCAAACUAUGGCACAUCUAGUAACUAUUUCAUCUCAAGUGUUCAUUGCAGCAGCAUUUGUAAGCAUUUGACCACGUCAUCGCAGCUCAUUCCGGCCAAAAAACAGCCACAGACAGGAAGUGACUGUCUGACUGACAUUCAAAGCAACCAACACCAGUCUGUUUUGCUUUUAGAAUUUAGGUAUGGGUUUAUCUAUAUAGAUUAGACAAUAAUUUGAAACUGGAAAGUAUGCAGAAGUUGUACAGAAAACAAAAAAUGGUGGAAAAUAGAGUAAAAUGCUGCAAAAAAAACAACAACAAAAUACCAACUUUUACUUGGCAUUUCGUUGUGAUUUAUCUAAAUAGAUUAUAGCACUAUAACAGACAAGAAUUGGAAAGAUGAAUAAUGCAAAUAAUAAUACAGCAGCAUGCAGAAAGUUACAGAAAACACACACACACAUAAACACACACAAACACACAAAUAGUACAGAAAACAUACACACAAAAAUAGUAUAGUGUAAAAUGUUGCAGGUUGAUCUUAAUAGAUUAUACCACAGCCUGAAAUGGAAAAAUAAUACAAAUAAUAAUGCAGCAGCCUAUGCAAAAAGUUGUACAGAAAAACAAAACAAACAAAAAAACAUGUAAAAUAGUUUAAAAUAUUGUGGGUUUAUCUGGAUUAGUUAUACCAAAAUACACUGGAAUGGAAACAUUAUUUUAAAAAAUUAUGCAGGCUAUGCAAUAAAUUCCUCGAGAAAACACACAAAAAAUAGUGUAAAAUGUUGCAGGUUUAUCUGAAUGGAUUAUACCACAAUAACACACAGAAAUCAGAAAAUAAAUAAUGCAAAUAAUGAUGCAACAGACUAUAUAAAAAGUAUGUUCAUAAAAAAAAAAUCAAAAUGUAAAGUACAUAUUUCAUAGAUGCUUAAGUUUACUUGCAAAUAAUGUACCUUAAACAAACUAUACUGUACAAAAAAAUUCAUGCAAAUAAACUGCCAAUUCAAGCGAAAAAUGACUAUUUCAAGCAUUCAUUGCAUUAACGUUUGAAAACAUUAAUUGUUUUCAUUGGAUAAACUGCAUGAAACCAGCAAGAAAGAGUUUUCUUUGCAAUAUGCAUCAGUGAGUGGCAUACUGUAUGCAUCCACAAAUGUUGGCCUGUGUUUUAAACAUUGCCUUUGGGGAAGAGAUUAAUCAAUGGGAAUUGGCCUAACACAGCACAUCACAUCAAAAGCAGACGCUCCUGCCAAGCAGUGUGUGGAUCACUGUGCCAAGAUCAGCUUCGCAUCGGCCGCUUGAUCAACUCAGAUUGAUGCACAGAGCUCAUCUCAUUUGAGCACAAUCAAGCAGUCGCACAAGCUCAAUGUACCAAGCUAGAGCUGGGUGUUAAAUCUAGACAUUCAUUAAUGUAAGUUUAUAUCCAGCAAUAUUUUCUCUGCAUCUAUCGCCCUUUAUAUUUAUCUCAAAGGUUGUAUCUGAGAACUCCCUUGAGCAUUUUGACUCAUGGUCAAAUGUGGCUUUUGAAUGCUAAACAACUUUUACUUUUGUUGCUCCAUAAACUACUUGCACAGUCCAUUUAGUGUUACAUGCAACGCAGCAGAUAUGAACCCUAAAAUGGCUAUGAAUGUGUUAUUUGUUUGAGCAGGUAUUUGCUCUUUCUCGCUCCACCUCCGUGAACCUCCAGCUGUAUAAUACAGACGCUCCACAUACAGCUGUUGCCUGUAUAAUUAGACCCGUGGAGUAUUGCACAUCUCGAGACCUGUGUUCAUCAGCGCAUCAGGAGUGGUCAAGGGCACGUGCUGCUUUCCAUUUGUUAAAAAUUACCUUUCACUCCAACAUGCACCAGAGUUUCAGGUGCUGCUACUGAUGUGGUGUGCUUUAGAGGUAAAUGAGGGGUGGUGAGGAAUAACAAUUACCUUGUUUCACACAGGGUCAGUGCUUUUGCAUCAAAACUGCUCCUCAGGUGGCCGCUGGCACACAAUGUGCCAGAAAAAAUACAGCACAAUCUUGGACUGCAUGAGCUGCUUUGUUUUCUUUCUGCACAGCUCUCCUUUAGGGUUUUUCAUUUUAGUUUUACUUGGAAUUUUUUUUUUUUUUUUUUUUUUUUUUACAUUUCAAACUGCAUAAUUGAAGCAUUUAGAAUAGUACUGAACAACUGAAUUUGUCGAAUUGUAUUUUCCAGGAUAAAGGUUUCCCAAUUUUAAAACAUUAUUGUAAAACCUUGACUGAAUUCAGUUGAAUGUAUUUAUUUCCUAUUUCUUGGUAUUUGUAUGAUGUUUGCAGGUGUAAUUAAAUGACCUACGGUGUCACUCA